AUGUCUAUUCAGGUGGCAAAGGCAAAGGCCCUGCGCUACUUCAAUGCGAUCUGCUACGAGGCGCCCUUCCAGAUUCCAGCUGUAAUUGAUGUUCGCAUCCUUGACACUGGUGUUUUUGCAGGUGCAAGUGAGUCGCACAUUUGUCCAUUUCGGGUGCCCCGUCCAGGUGCCAUUGAGGAGGUGCGUGUCAACCCCAUUGCUUUCCGCGCCGGAGCGCGAGCCGCAGUGCUAAACGUUUGGCAAGAUGCCGUGUCCUGCAGACAGCCAUGGUGUGUUGUAGUGCGCUACCGCGUACGAGCGGUACGCUCGUCAUUUGGCUUGGUCUUCGAAGAUCUUGUUUUCAUGAGGCCAGCUGCGCCAUCCAUUCUGCCCCAGAAGCUUCGACGCAAGAACGCGAAGAAGGCCUUCAAGGACAUCCGAAAGAGCCAUGUCGCUGACAUGCGUCGAGGGAUUUUUGAAGCUCUUUGCUUCGGAGGAUGGAGAAGCUACAAGAAGGGAGCGCGGGUCGUCAGCAAGCUUUUUCCCAAGGAGCGUCAGAAUGGCUCCAGGCGUGCCAGCUCCGGCAAGCGUAAGCUGCAGGCCAACGUGGACAGGCAAGCUGGUCACCUCAGCCCUGAUUCCACCAGGAAGGCGCCCCAGCCGUCUUUACACUGGUUCGCGGAGUGCGAUCUCCAGCCAGAACACCCUGAACUCGGGCAGGGGGCUGUGGAUGAUGCAAUCUGGGUCUGUCGGGUAGACCUACGGCGCACCGAUUUCAAUGACUUCCAGUCGCGGCACUAUGGUUCGGAAGAGGUGUUGGACGUUCUCCAAAGUGCCAUCCAUCGCCGCAGCAAUGUCGCAAUGUUUUGCCGAUGGCCUGUCCGGAGCUUGCACCCCUUGCAGCCCUUGGAGCCGCUGUGCCGGAGAUGGUUCUCCGGACUCACGCAGCUCCCACCGCGUUGGCGCGCCAAGCCUUCCAAGAAGGAGCUGACGCUGUUGAUCAAUCAGACAUCGACUUCCCGGGACAUUCUGAAGAUCAUCAAGACCCACAAAGAGAGACUCGAUGCGAUUCAUGCCAUCACGUGUCUUUGGAAAGUUGGCAAGCUCAAGGGGGCAAAUCCAGAGGUGCCGGAUGUGUGCGCUGUUGUUGCGCUGGUGGACACCCACCUGAAUCAAGGUGAUGUUGCCCCGCGCGGUCUCAGCAACAUCCUUGUAGCCCUGACCUACAUCAACGACGCCUUGCAGAAUGCUCCGCGGCGUGAACGCAGCCAGGGGCCCAUCUUCAAGCUCGCAAGGCGAGCCGCGGCGCUCCUCCGCCAUCAGGCAACGGGCGGCCAAAGCGGUUCAGCCGCAGAGGCCAACGCGCACGACGUCGCCAACGCCGCCUGGGCGGCAGCACGGCUUUGGGCGCAAGACAAGGAGAGGCAGACUCUGGAGUCCUGUUGCCACCGAUCUGCCCACACCAGGGCCUGGGACGCAGAGCCUCCAGGGCUCCGCCUCCGGCGCCGCUUCAACCGCCGCUGCAAGCGGCGCUUCCAGCGCCUCAGGCGUGGCCACGGGAAAGGAAAGGCGAAACGCGGGGUGCGGGGUAUGCUCGAGAGUCCAGAGGGAGGACCUGCAGAGAAUGUCCAAGAAUGUGGGGAACGCACAACAGUCGCUGCACGAAGUUUGCAGCUCCAGGGCCUGGCGAACCUGGCCUGGGCCUAUGCCUCGGCUGCGGAGCCACUGACCAGCCGGAGCUCCCAUCGCAGUGCUGCCGGGGAGGAGCGGGCCUUUCGAGGAAAGAUGGAGGCGCUCUUCCACGCAGUUGCCGAGACCGCACGACCUAAACUGGAGACCUUCAAGGUCCAAGAGAUGUCGAACCUGGCCUGGGCGUUCGCAAAGACCGGCAUUGAGGCACCGGAGCUUUUCGUCGCACUGGCAGCCGCCGCCGAGCAAAGGCUCGAGGAGUUCACGCCCCAGAACCUGUGCAACUUCGCCUGGGCCUUUGCUUCCCUGAGUGUCUCUGCAAGUCCAGGAGGACUUUUGGAUGGGGUCGCUGCCGAAGCUGCAAAGCGCGUCUCCGAUUUCAACUUGCAGGGCCUCUCGAACCUGGUCUGGGCUUCUGCGGUCCUCGGCUCCAAGAUCCAGGUCUUCGACCUCUUGGCCCGCGAGCUGACCCAGCGCAUCGACGCCGCAGACACGAACUCCUUGAGCGAAGCAGCUGUCACCGACAUCGUCAGGAAUACCCUCGGCGUCAUAUGGGCGCAGCAUUUUGCGCACGGUGCCGAAGCGGAGCAGUUGGUGGCGGAGGUCAAGCCGAAGCUUCGAGAGCUGGGACGUCGGAUGGACCAAACAACCCAGGGAAGAUGCAUCCCCGAGUGUCCGGCGGACCGAUGGACGAAGGAGGUCCCCGUGCCCGUCGUGGCCCUGCAUGAGCGGGAUUGCCUGGUGAUCCACAAGCCCCCAGGAUGGCAGGUGGACCAGGACAAGCUCGGCACUGAACCGAAGUUGGGGGAGCCACGCCGGCUGACGAGCUUCGUCCACCAGCUGCUGUCUCCCGAACGCUGGCCAAUCCUGGCUGAUCCAGAAGCAGGAUGCGGCUUCCUGCACCGCCUCGACGCGCCCUGCUCCGGGCUGAUCCUCGUCGCAAAGACCUACGAGGCGUACUACGACCUGCUGUUGCAGAUGAACUCGGGACAGGUGGUCCGUGAUUACAUCAUCCUGUGCCACGGCUGGGUCCCCGCUGCAAAAGAGAUGAUUGCAGCACCACUCUAUUGGGCCGAGGGAACGCGGCUACCCAGCGAAGUGCGCCACUACGGAAAGCCCUCGGUGACGCAGGUGAAGGUCCUCGCCCAUGCGCACAGCGGAAGCGGAGCCGAGAUGAGCCUUGUUGCUGUGCGCAUCUUGACCGGGAGACGUCACCAGAUUCGGAUCCACAUGGCGCACGCUGGGCACACGCUCGUUGGCGAUGGCAAGUACGGCUCGGAAGAGCAGUUCGCGAUAGACAAGGAGUGGUGCCCUCAAACCUUCUUGCACAGACACUACUUGGGUUUCGCUAUGCUCGACGGGAGCUUCGCCGAGGCGGCAGCGCCACUUCCCCAUGACCUUGCGGCUGCCCUGCAACAACUCCGACCACGCGACGCCCGUUCUGACGCCAUGCUGCGUGCAUGCGGCCCGAGUGGUGCCAGGAUACCAAACUGGGAGGAGUGCAAGGUGUUGGGGAGGCCAGCGGCAUGA